GGUUUUGAAUUUCAUUUCAUUUCAGUGCCAAAAAUCCCCAGCAGACAGGCAUGAACUCCAUGAAGCUGUUGUCGAGCUCAAAAUCCCUAGCUCAAAAUGGGGUUUUCAGCAGAUUUUAUUAUACUAAUAGGUUCAAUAAAGCCACUUUAUAUUCCAGGAUCAGUCCUUUGGGUAGCCCUGACAAAAGCGUCGAAGCGGAGCUUGACGACUGGCUCAAACAUGGGAACAACAUUCGAGUUGCUGAGCUUCAACGCAUCAUUCACGAUCUUCGUAAACGAAAGCGCUUCACUCAGGCUCUUCAGGUUUCUGAAUGGAUGAAUAAAAAGGGUCUUUGUGCCUUUUCACCUACUGAGCACGCGGUGCAGUUGGAUCUCAUCGGUAAAGUUCGUGGAUUUCUUUCUGCGGAAAGCUAUUUUAAUAAAUUGAAGGACCAAGAUAAAACUGAGAAGACAUACGGUGCUCUUCUGAAUUGUUAUGUGCGGCAGCGCCAGAUAGACAAGUCGCUCUCUCAUUUGCAGAAAAUGAAGGAGUUGGGUUUCGCCUCGUCAACUCUUACUUACAAUGAUAUCAUGUGUCUUUACACAAAUAUUGGACAGCACGAGAAAGUACCUGAUGUACUGAGGGAGAUGAAAGAGAACAACGUAUCCCCGGACAACUUCAGUUACAGAAUCUGCAUCAAUUCUCUAGGUGUGAGGUCUGAUCUUGAGGGAAUUGAAGAAAUUUUAACAGAAAUGGAGGAUCAACCUCAUAUCAAGAUGGAUUGGAACACGUAUGCUGUUGUUGCCAGUUUCUACAUAAAAGCAGGCCUUACUGAAAAAGCCAUUGAUGCACUAAAAAAAUCCGAACAGAAGCUAGAUAAUAAAGAUGGAACGGGCUACAAUCAUCUAAUAUCGCUCUAUACGAGUUUGGGAAAUAAAGCCGAGGUCUUGAGAUUAUGGGGUCUAGAGAAAGAAGCUUGUAAAAGGUAUAUAAACAAGGAUUUCAUUAUCAUGCUUCAAUCUCUAGUGAAGCUUGAUGAGUUUGAAGAAGCUGAGAAAAUACUUAAAGAAUGGGAAUCAUCCGGAAACUAUUACGAUUUUCGGAUACCGAAUAUCAUCAUUGUUGGCUAUGUUAAAAAGGGUCUACAUGAAAAGGCUGAAACAAUGCUCGAAAACCUGAAGGAGAAAGGUAAGACAACCAUUCCUAAUAGUUGGGGCAUUGUGGCAGCAAGUUACUUAGAUAAAGGUCAAGCAAAAAAGGCUUUCAAGUGCAUGAAGGCGGCCCUAUCGUUAUUCACGGAGAACAAGGGGUGGAAACCGAACCUAAGGGUGGUCACGAGUAUAUUGGAUUGGCUAGGCGAUGAAGGCAGUGUUCAGGAAGUGGAAGAAUUCGUGGAGUCAUUGAAGAGAACAGUUCCGGUCGAUAGAAAAAUGUAUCAUACCUUGUUGAAGGCAAAUGUAAGACAUGGUGAAAGAGUGGAUAAGGUUUUGGACCUCAUGAAAGCUGAUAAAAUAAAUGAAGAUGAAGAAACAAAAUCAAUAUUGGCCAUGAAAUCCAGCUAAAUUCAAUAGGUUGGUUCCUCAUUUUUCAUUCAUAAUGACUUUGAAUUUUACCCCUUCUUUUUGUGGUUAUCUGAUUUGCCUCUACGACUUAUGUGAAUUUUCUUAAUGGAUAUGUAUUGUAGUUCUGUUUA